AUGAGAACCAGGAUGAAACGAACGCAUCGGAAAGUGCGAAGUGGUUGCGAUAUCUGCCGGCAACGCCGAAUCAAAUGCGAUGAAUUGAAACCACAAUGUACACAGUGCCAGCGGCUAGCAAAUGCGGGUUCGGUCACCUCGUGUACAUACAACAGAGCAAGUGGUGAACAAACUCGCGGCAGCGCCGGAUCCGCAAAUGUAGGAGCCCGCGCCAGAUCUACAAGCAUCGUCACCGAUCCAUCAUCCUCGGCAAUGUACUCUUCCACGCACUUGUCCAUUGUAUCGCAGUAUGGAUGGCCGAAUCCAACUUCCGAGCAAGAGCAGAACCUUCUUUUCCAUCUCUGCGUUGUACGGAAACAGCUUGAAACAUUCGAGCAGCGAGGACUACUGGCUGGCAUUGGUCAAUUCUCAAGAUCGCUAUCCAUGGCCGGCAGAUUCCCAUAUCUACGCCAAAGCUUUCUUGAGUUUUCCCUUCAAGGUCUUCUAGAAUCGGCAGUCCUCUUGGCGUGGUAUAGUACAGACCCAGGAGAGUAUGCACAGCUAUUAAAGGGGACACUUGCACUUAUGCCUGAGAAUGACAGGUCAGGUCAAUUGGUCCAUGUUCCGCGGGUGACAGGCACUGAACUGCCAACCUGUGCAUCCCCCUCAUCCCAUACGUUCUACCCAUUCUUGGAGCAGAUGAAGGAGUCCACAGUCACAUUGUCACGGUGCGAGCUAUCUGCAGAUGUCAGAGCAGCCGUGCAAGACCUUCACAAUUUCAUUUACAACAUCCUGCACUCGCCGCUGGCCGGCGACUCCGUUGAAAAAGAGCUCUAUGCAAUGUUUCCUAUUCGGAACUGGCUACGAUUCGUCCCGGAGGCUCCAUCGAAGCUCGAAAAUGGUAGCGACUUUUUGUUGAAAAUGUACUUGGCGAAUUAUGAGACAGCUAUACUGCUCAUGGGCGCGUUGUGGCCAGAUCUUGACACGCCGCUGGGGUUCCAUGAGAGACGCCUGUGCAUCAAAAAGAUGCGAGAUGCUGUCAACGAGCGGCUAAACAGUGCCUUUCUGCCUGUGCCGCCAGCUGACACUAUCAUCAGCGAUCGUAAGACUUUGAAAGCUUGUCAAGAGUGGCUGAGCAUCUCGGAGAUAGCGAUCGAGUGCUACGAUCAGUCGUGUUCGAAAGAAGUGUAA